ACGUUGAUUAGAACUGUUGUAGAGUACUUCUAUGAUGCCUGGCCUCUAGGAUUCGAUGAAAAUCAGAAGUAGCAAUUAUGCCUAGAAAAAAAUUUACAUGGAAAAUGCAUGUGCUCCUGUCUUGUGUUAAUAACAUUGUAGCAUAGCAAUGCAGUUAAUUUGUUUGGAGUCGGCCGGUGUAGCUCCCGGAUGUGGUGGGUGGGUCAGCCGGUCCUGUCAGCUGGCAUCGUUGCCGCUUGGAGUCACUGCUAGAUUCUAGGUGCUGAAUCCAGCAAUUGGUUUUUAUUCUGCGCUUUGGUGUUUGUGCUCUUCUUCUGCUCACCGCUGCUGAUUCACCGUCGCGCCGGAUGUGGCGCCCACAUGGAGCCAUGGAGCCCCACACCCCUUUCUUGCGCGACAACCUGGGGGCAUUCAGCCAGUCAAGCGCCACACCCAUUCUGACUCAUGUAUUUGUUUUGAUUUGUAAUGCGCUGAUGUAGCAAUUCACUGAAUGUGCUGCAAUAAAGUGCCGCUCCGCAUGAUCUACUUUGGUAUACUAAAACUUUGCAAUAUGAACCUGAAGGCUACAACGCGUUGGUAUAGUUUAAUCGUAUGUUUGUACGAGACUAUAGGAGACAUGACAUUGUAGUACUGUCUUUCAGUUACAUGAUUCUGUAUAGCUAAAAGAAUUUGCAUGAUUCUGUAAUUGCUGUUAAAGGAUGUCGCUUCUAGUCAUUUUCUGGAAACCUGCACUACAAAUAAGAGUUGUGCAAUCUUUAUUCCGUUGCAACAAGAACUAGGACCAUACACCCAGUCAAACAUUGGUAUAGAGAAAACAUAAAAAUUAGAUUCAGUCGGAUUUUAUUUUGUUUCAUGUCCAUGUGAAUCUAUGAUAUCUCUUCGCUUCGUGUACAUUUUCUUUUUGAACGAACUUGGUGUGCAAUUUAUCUUCCGGCUUUACAUAGCUAAGAAUCUGCUCAUUUUGAGAGCACAUCAAGAUUCAUUUUAUGGUAGUGGCGGUCAUUUUCAGUGGAAAUCUGCUUUUCUUCCCAAACAAAGCAAUUUUCUGAUUUAUUUCUUAUUUUAUAUUUGCUAUAUCUCCAACAAAUUAUUUGCUAAAGUUGUAGGUAGGCUUGGUUUAGAUCAACAUAUUGUCGCGAAAACAUGCCAAUCAGUAAACAGUAAGCCAAGUUCUUCUGAAUGUAAUUGCAUAUGUAGCUAUUUAUUCCACAAUAAUUAGUCUUAAGGUAUGUGUAUUUUGAAGAAAUCUAUUUUAUUUCAGUUGCUAAAAAGGCUAAUGUAUUCCUUCAGUUUUGUUAGUGCAACAGAUUUCAGAUUCAGUUGAAGAGAAUGAUUCAUUCAGUUGUUUAACCUAUAGUUUUACUACUCCUGUACAUUCUUAUGGAAACUGACUAGAGUUCACAUCCUUCAUUCUCUUUCUAGCUUAAAUGUAAUAAGAUCAGUGAGGUUCUUUUCUAAAAAAUAUGGGUAUUUGAGUUAGGAAAAUCCUCUUAAUACUAUUAUAUUGUUUUACGCUGCCGCUUUGUAAUUCGAAACUAGCAAAUUCUUUUCAGCUACUGUUUGAAGAGCUCACACUGAAUUACAGCACUGUAGUUUUAAUAUAGUAGUAGCUUCCUGUUUUGGUGUUAAUGUUUCACAAAUCCAUCCCCCUAUCGACAAAUCAAACUUUUCAUCAUUACCUCUAGGCUGUAAUUCGGAUUGGUUACCCGCCUCCAGAGGCUAUUUCCAACGAUGAGUGUUUAGAGCCAUUUGAUCCGAGAUAGGAGCCAUCGUCUGAUGAAAGGGAAGUUUCCUUACGGCGAGCGGCACCUCCCUGUAACAAGAAUAGGCCCCACGCCCGGUUCUGGCCCACCAUGCAGCGACCGAGUGAUCUCUGGAAGUCUGGAUACCCCCAAAAAAUAACAGAGACCCGACCUCACUCUCGCCCCUAACUGGCUUGGUUUGGUUUGACACCAUGGGUUCAGACUGGAAACAUGGAAUGGAUUGGAUGGGUUUGAAUAGAAAAUACGAACAGUUUGGUUUGGUUUCUAGCAAUUAAUUUUUGGAUUGGUCUGGUUUUGUUAGUAGACAUAUACAUGUACGGUCUGGGUUGGAUAUAAUCUACAUAACUAUUCUCAGGCUUACCUAAAGGACACCAUGUGCAAUAUUUUUGUUUAGCCUAACCUCUUCAGCUUAUAAGUAAUAUUUUCUUUUUCUGGAAUAAUUUUAUAUCUAAACUGAGAUGUUGGAGUAAUUACUUAUAACAUUGCAUGCAGCUAACCUUUUCAUGUUAGAAGCCUGUUAGAAGCCUAUAUAUCCUCUAUGGCUCUACCCUGUUCUUGCAGAGGAAGGAUAAGGUGUAAGAUUUUUUAUGAAUGCAUAAUUUAAGUUUGCUUCCAUGGUUGCAAGAAAAGUCUUUUAUCCAAUAGUAUGCAUUAUUAGACCAAUCUGCUCUAGAAAUCGCAACCUUUUUUGUUUCUUCAACCUUUAGUUCUAAUAAUGACUUUUCCAAAGGUAAAUAGGGAUUGAGAACCGUACAAGUGUUGAAGGUUCGCUGGGUAUUUGAAUUUCAGUUCAGAUGAAGGUUAGACUGGCUCGCAAUGUUGUGAAGCUAUUCUGGUUCACUCCCCCCAAAAAAUGAAAAACAAUAGAUGACCUUAGCUCUCAUGGUAUCUGGGCAGGACUUUUGAAUUGGAGCAGGGGACGUUCAACCUUGCUACCGUGAUUCAUGUUCAGUAGUGCAUCAUAUUUUUUUCACUUGCUUGGAUUGUUAGGCUCUUGAGUCUCAUGAAUUUUGUUGCAGAGUUUCACUACGGAAAGAUUGAGUGGGAAAGUGAAAGGAGCUUUUGCACGUUCUUAAGCCAGGAGAGCAUUUUAUGAUUAUUUCCCUUUGAAAUCUGCUACUAUAAUGCUGAGUCUGUACUGCCUUCAGUAAUAAGGAAAAAGAUGCAGGCAGUUAAGCGACAAUCUCAAGUAGUACAAUAUUUGUCACCCCUAGGCCAUCUCCGAUGCAAAUUUGUACACCACUGAUAUCCUUCACUACAAUCCUCUUUCAUAUGUAUGACCUGCCUUAUUCGUUUACUAUUUGAAUCAAUAAUACCUGAAUUUAAGUUGGAUUCUGAACAUUUAAAGUAUCUGAAACCACUAACAUGAUUUUUUUUUGAGAUGAUACAUAGUUCAUUUGCCCCAUGCCAUGUAAUAUUGUUCACUUUUUUUUAGCAUAGUAUUAUUUCCUCAUUUUUUGGAUUGCAUUAUAGUAACGUUGUGGAUGAUGGAACUUGCCACCAACCAAUCAAUGCCAUUUUUAGGAGACAUUAAGCGCCAAUCUCAAUGGUGCAGUGCGUCAUCACCCAGCACCCACCGUUCCAGAGACCCCUUCUCUCCAUAUAUUACAACAGAUAGCACUUUUAGUCUAUGAGCAUCACUGGAAAACUAAAGCAAACCAAAAUGGUAUGUAGGCGCGCAUGUUUGUCUAGUAUAGAUUGAAAGUUAGCUGACGAGCUGGUCUGUGCCACUGUGUAGAAUUGUCUCUAAAAUGUUUGGCCUCCCUCGCUUGAAUUCAGCUCAUGCGUUCCUUGCCCAGCUCAUGCGUUACUUGCCCAGCUCAUGUGAUAUUGUACGCCACCCCUAUUGGUCCAACCCUUCAUAAGCAAGAUAAAGUACAUUAAGGAAAAUGAAAUCGGUUUCCUCUCCUCCUUUAGUGCUAGUACUUUUGUCUUGCGGGAACCUAUAAUACUAGUACUAGGCUCACUACUAGUACACCACUUCAGCAGCUCGCUCCACUGCCCACCUCAGCUCCUACAGAAGUGUAUAUUUUUCAAGGAGCAGAUUCGAAGCGCCGCAAAACUCCAAACUAAGCGCUGAAAGGGGUGGCGGUGGACUGAUAAAUGAUCAUGUAUCUAAUGGCAUCCCUGCCUUCCUGCGGUGCCUUCCGUGCACCUCUAUUGUCUUCUUUCCCGAGGAGAAAAACCACGGUAGUGGCCGUGGCUUCCAAGGCCAAGGUUGGAAUUCCCGAAAAGACUGCCUUCACUCCUCGCGAGGCGCCUUUCCGAGUCCGAGUCACCCACUCAUUGCCACCUCAAAAGAAGGAAAUUUUCGAUUCGUUGGACCACUGGGCAAAAGACAACAUCCUGGUCCUCCUGAAGCCGGUUGAGAAAUCCUGGCAGCCGCAGGACUACCUGCCAGAUCCUUCCUCAGAUGGAUUCUAUGAUGAAAUCAAGGAGUUGAAGGAGCGAGCCGAGGAGAUCCCGGACGACUACUUAGUCUGUCUGGUUGGAGACAUGGUCACCGAGGAAGCACUCCCUACUUACCAAACAAUGCUCAAUAGCCUCGAUGGCGGUGUUCGUGACGAGACCGGCACCAGCCCAACCAGCUGGGCUGUCUGGUCGAGAGCAUGGACAGCCGAGGAGAACAGGCAUGGUGAUCUCAUGAACAAGUAUAUGUACCUCACUGGGAGGGUUGAUAUGAGGCAGAUUGAGAAGACCAUACAGUAUCUGAUUGGUGCUGGAAUGGAUCCAAAAACCGAGGGCAACCCCUAUCAGGGUUUCAUUUACACAUCUUUCCAAGAGCGGGCGACCUUCAUAUCUCACGGCAACACCGCGAGACACGCCAAAAAGUACGGGGAUGUGAAGCUGGCCCAGAUAUGUGGUACCAUUGCAGCUGACGAGAAGCGCCAUGAGACGGCGUACACCAAGAUUGUGGAGAAGCUCUUCGAGGUCGACCCAGACUACACGGUGCUGGCCUUCGCCACCAUGAUGAGGAAGAAGGUCACAAUGCCUGCCCACCUUAUGUACGACGGGCAGGAGGACAACCUGUUUGCGCACUUCAGCGCGGUGGCGCAGCGGCUGGGCGUCUACACCGCCAUGGACUACGCCGACAUCCUUGAGUUCUUGGUCGAGAGGUGGAACGUCGCCGAUCUUACCGGCCUGUCCGGGGAAGGGAGGCGCGCUCAGGAUUUUCUCUGCUCACUGGGACCAAGGUUCAGGAAGCUAGAGGAGCGAACACAGGGGAGGGCAAAGCAGUUACCGAUUGUUCCAUUCAGCUGGAUCUAUGGCCGACAAGUGCAGCUUUGAUUAAGAUGUUACAGAAUAAGAAUACGACGAUCCUUUCUUAUUUUCCUUUUUCUAAGCUCUAGUAUCUUUUUUCUUUUGUUACAUGAACACGUCUACAUUGCAUAUGCCAACGAAGCUUACAGUAACACACUUC